GAGCGGCCCGCGCGACACGCGCCUGCCCGACCGUAUGCGCUGACUCGCGCGCGCAGGCGCCCCCUGCCCCGCCGGCGGGGCCCGGCUGCCCGCGGCGGGAUGUUCUCCCGAAGGAGCCACGGGGAUGUGAAGAAGUCCACCCAGAAGGUGCUGGACCCCAAGAAGGACGUGCUGACCCGCCUGAAGCACCUGCGGGCGCUGCUGGACAACGUGGAGGCAAGUGAUCUCAAGCAGUUUUUUGAGACCAACUAUUCUCAGAUCUAUUUCAUCUUCUAUGAAAAUUUUAUAACACUGGAAAAUAGUUUGAAAUUAAAAGGGAAUAAGUCACAAAGGGAGGAGCUGGACUCCAUCCUCUUUCUUUUUGAAAAAAUACUGCAGUUUCUACCCGAACGAAUUUUCUUUCGAUGGCAUUACCAGAGUAUAGGCUCAACUUUAAAGAAGCUUCUACACACUGGAAAUUCUAUUAAGAUAAGAUGUGAAGGGAUCAGGCUGUUUCUUCUGUGGCUCCAAGCACUUCAGACGAACUGUGCGGAGGAGCAGGUGCUGAUUUUUGCCUGCCUGGUGCCUGGGUUCCCAGCCGUCGUGUCGUCCCGCGGGCCGUGUACACUGGAGACCCUGAUCAACCCCAGCCCCAGUGCAGCUGACGCGAAGGUGCGUCCAGAAGAAAUCGCCCCACUCCUGCCAGCCGUACCAGGGGGGGAGGUUGCUGAGGACCAAACAUGCUUUUUCCUUCAAAUACUGUUGAAAUACAUGGCUAUCCAGGCCGCCAGCCUGGAGUGGAAGAACAAGGAGAAUCAGGAAACUGGGUUUAAAUUUCUCUUCACGUUGUUUCGAAAGUAUUAUCUUCCCCAUUUGUUUCCGUCGUUUACGAGGCUGACGAACGUCUACAAGCCUGUGCUCGACAUCCCGCACUCCAGGCCGAAGCCGGUGUACGUCAUGACAACUCGAGACAAUGAAAACAUUUACAGCACGAACGUCCCGUACAUGGCAGCUCGAGUUGUUUUUAUUAAGUGGAUUGUAACUUUCUUUCUGGAAAAAAAGUAUCUAACGGGCACACAAAACACUAAAAAUGGAGCCGAUGUCCUGCCUAAAAUCAUCCAGACCGUCGGGGGUGGAGCUGGGGCGCAGGAGAGGACACCGGAGCUGGACGGCGGCGGGGCGGCCGAGCAGGACAGAGGCCCUUCCAACAGCAGCACCCUGUCCGACCGCAGGCGCAGCAGCGGCAGCCUCUGCAGCGUCGACGAGGAGCACCGGCCGGUGUACGAGAUGGUGCAGCGCAUCCUCCUGUCCACGCGCGGCUACGUCAACUUCGUGAACGAGGUGUUUCGCCAGGCAUUUCUGCUGCCUUCCUGUGACAUAGCUGUCACCAGAAAAGUGGUUCACGUGUACAGAAAGUGGAUCCUCCAAGACAAACCCGUGUUCAUGGAGGAACCAGACAUAAAGGAAGCUGCCCAAGAAGAUGCUGAGAAGUUGGGAUUUUCAGAGACGGAUACCAAGGAGGCCUCGUCGGAAAGUUCCGGUCACAAGCGGUCUUCCAGCUGGGGUCGCUCCUACUCGUUCACCAGUGCGGUGAGCAGAGGCUGCGUGACAGAGGAGGAGAACAGGAGCGUGAAGGCGGGGGCCCAGGCCGCGCUGCAGGUCUUUUUGACAAACGCUGCAAACGUCUUUUUGCUGGAACCCUGUGUUGAAGUUCCCGUGCUCUUGAAAGAACACGUUGAUGCCUGUAAGGCUGUUUUGAAUAUUUUCAGGCGCAUGAUAAUGGAACUUACAAUGAAUAAAAAGACGUGGGAACAGAUGUUGCAAAUACUCCUCAGGAUAACAGAAGCUGUCAUGCAGAAGCCUAAGGAUAAGCAAAUAAAGGACUUGUUUGCCCAGAGCUUGGCAGGGUUACUGUUCAGGACGCUCAUCGUGGCCUGGAUCCGGGCGAGCCUCUGCGUAUACGUGUCCCGAGAGCUCUGGGACGACUUCCUCGGGGUGCUGUCAUCCCUCACUGAGUGGGACGAGCUCAUCAGCGAGUGGGCCAACAUCAUGGACUCCCUGACGGUGGUGCUCGCCAGAACCGUCUACGGCGUCGAGAUGACAAACCUGCCUCUGGACAAAUUAAGUGAACAAAAGGAAAAGAAGCAGCGAGGCAAAGGCUGUGUUCUUGAUCCUCAGAAAGGAACCACAGUGGGGAGGUCCUUUUCUCUGAGCUGGCGGAGUCACCCCGAUGUGACGGAGCCCAUGCGGUUCAGGAGUGCCACCACGUCUGGGGCGCCGGGAGUCGAGAAGGCCAGAAGCCUCGUUCGCCAGAAAGCAGCCGAGGUCGAAGACAGCGCACAGUCAGAAAACGCACCUGCAGCCGAGCCUGGGCGCCUGGCAGCAGUGGAGCCCCAGCACGUGGUCCGGAGCAGCAGCACGCCUGACGUCACGGGGCCGCUGUGCCCCUGCGCGCCUCCGGGUACCAGCGCUUCCGGUACUCACGGGACCAUGGGCUCUGGCCGCGAUGAAGCUGCAGGGCCAAAGGUGGAAAAUGUACAGACGGGGAGUUCUUCAGAGCCCAAGCCUGUUCAGGAGAACAAAGGACACGUGAAGAAAGAACAUGAGGGCAUGACAAUCUUAGUCCGAAGAAGCAGCAGCCCGGCUGAACUGGACUUAACAGAUGACUCACAGCAGACGCAAGGGAAGUGCAGGGAGAGGCAGAAGAGUGACAGUGUCAGCAGUGACACAGCCCUGAGCUACAGCACAGAGGCAGAGCUGGCCCUGAGCCCGUGGCCGACCUGCGAGGAGGACCCCGAACUGAGCUCUCCCACGGAUGCUGCGACUGACUCCGACGCCCGCCAUUGGCUACAGCUGAGUCCCACUGAUGCUUCCAACUUGACAGAUAGCAGCGAGUGCCUCGCCGACGACUGCAGCAUCGUCGCCGGGGGGACCCUCGCUGGCUGGCACCCAGACUCCGCCGCCGUGUUGUGGCGGAGGGUCCUGGGAAUCCUCGGGGACGUGAAUAAUAUCCAGUCACCCCAGAUCCACGCCAGGGUUUUUGGCUACCUCUAUGAGCUCUGGUACAAACUAGCCAAGAUACGGGACAAUCUAGCAGUGAGCCUGGAUAACCAGUCUUCUCCGUCUCCUCCCACCCUGACCCCACCACUCAGAAUGUUUGCAUCAUGGCUGUUUAAGGCGACGACAUUGCCAAAGGAGUAUAAGGAAGGCAAACUCCAAGCCUACAAGCUCAUCUGUGCCAUGAUGACCAGACGCCAGGACGUGCUGCCCAGCUCGGACUUCCUGGUGCACUGCUACCUCGCCAUGCACCUGGGCUUAACCAGCGACGACCAGGAUGUCUUAAACACCAUCAUAAGGCACUGCCCACCUCGCUUUUUCUCCCUGGGUCUGCCUGGCUUCUCCAUGCUGCUGGGGGACUUCAUCGCGGCCGCGGCCAGGGUCCUCAGUGCAGACACGCUGGCGGCACCUCGUCCAGAAGCUCUCACCAUUCUCGGGUCUCUGGUCUGCUUUCCAAAUACCUACCGGGAGAUCCCUCUGCUGCAGUCAGUGCCGGAGGUGACUGACCUCAUCCCUGGGACAGAAGACGUCAAGCAUUACCUCGUAAGUAUCUUACUGAAGAAUGCCACAGAGGAGCCAAAUGAAUGUGCCAGGUGCAUCGCCAUCUGCUCCCUGGGGGUCUGGAUAUGUGAGGAGCUCGCGGAGCGUACAGGCCACCCUCAGCUGAAGGAGGCUGUCAAUGUCAUUGGUGUCACUUUGAAGUUUCCUAACAAAAUCGUGGCCCAGGUAGCCUGUGACGUCCUUCAGCUGCUGGUUUCCUACUGGGAAAAGCUUCAGGUCUUUGAAACCUCUCUGCCUCGGAAAAUUGCAGAAAUCCUUGUGGCCACAAUUGCUUUUCUGUUGCCCAGUGCAGAGCACUCCUCAGUGGAAGCCGAUAAGAAGUUCAUCGUGUCCCUGCUGCUCUGCCUCCUGGACUGGUGCAUGGCCUUGCCCCUGAGCGCCCUCCUCCACCCGGUGUGCACGGCGGCCCUGGAGCAGCCCUCGCCCCGAGCCCCCCUGCUGGACUACGUCUACAGGGUUUUGCACUGCUGCGUUUGUGGCUCGAGCACAUACACCCAACAGAGCCACAAAACCCUGACGCUGGCUGACCUGUCAUCCACGGACUACGACCCCUUCCUGCCCCUGGCCAACGUGAAGAAUUCUGAGCCGGUUCAGUAUCCUUCAUCAGCAGAGCUGGGCAACCUGCUUACUGUCGAAGAGGAGAGGAAGAGGAGGAGUCUAGAGCUGAUCCCGCUGACGGCCCGCAUGGUGAUGGCGCACCUGGUCAAUCACCUGGGCCACUUCCCGCUCCGCGGGGGCCCGGCCGUGCUGCACAGCCUGGUCAGCGAGAACCACGACAACGCGCACGCCGGCGCGGCCGAGCUCUCCCCCGACGUGUUCAGGAGCCCUGGCCUGCAGCUGUUUGUGUUCAACGACAGCACCCUCAUCUCCUGCCUGCAGACGCCCGCGGACGGUCCUGCUGGCGGCUCGCCAGCGGGCGCCUUCUCCGACGUGCGGGUCAUCGUGAGGGACGUCUCAGGGAAGUACUCUUGGGAUGGGAAGCUGCUCUACGGACCUCUGCAAGGCUGCUCCGCACGCGAGGGCAGAAGUCCCUCUCUCCCGAUCUCUGGCUGGCUUCAUCCAGCCUCUGGACCUCAGAAGGAGCUUUCUCAGGCAGAGGAGGGAGAGGAUGUCCUCGACCAGUUGCUGGAAAACAUUGGUCACACGAGCCCUGAAUGCCUUUUACCAUCACAGCUAAAUCUCAACGAGCCUUCCCCACCCCCGUGUGGGAUGAGCCAUGACCAAGAGAAGGAAAUCAUCGAGGCCAUCUUGCGCCAGAACGCGCAGGAGGACGAGUACAUCCAGAGAUGCAACUCCAGCUCCGCCAUGAGAGUCCCCAGCCAGGAGCAGCCUCCCGCCGUGGGGCCCCGUGGGGCCUUCUACUUCUGUAGGCUGUUGCUUGAUGACUUGGGAAUGAAUUCUUGGGACAGAAGGAAGAAUUUCCAUCUGUUGAAGAAAAAUUCAAAAUUACUGAGAGAGCUGAAAAAUCUGGACUCCCGACAGUGCCGUGAAACGCACAAAAUCGCAGUGUUCUACAUCGCUGAAGGUCAGGAGGACAAGUGUUCCAUCCUCUCCAAUGAAAGAGGAAGCCAAGCUUAUGAAGACUUCGUUGCCGGCCUUGGAUGGGAGGUGGACCUGUCCACCCACUGCGGCUUCAUGGGCGGCCUGCAGCGCAACGGCAGCACCGGCCAGACGGCCCCCUACUACGCUACCUCGACCGUGGAGGUGAUCUUCCACGUUUCCACUCGGAUGCCCUCCGACUCGGAUGACUCGCUCACCAAAAAGCUCCGGCACUUGGGGAACGACGAGGUCCACAUCGUGUGGUCUGAGCACUCCCGGGACUACCGCAGGGGCAUCAUCCCGACUGCCUUCGGGGACGUCUCCAUCAUCAUCUACCCGAUGAAGAACCGCAUGUUCUUCAUCGCCAUCACCAAGAAGCCCGAGGUUCCGUUUUUUGGGCCCCUGUUUGAUGGUGCCAUCGUGAGCGGGAAGCUACUGCCAAGCCUUAUAUGUGCCACGUGCAUCAACGCCAGCAGGGCCGUGAAGUGCCUCAUCCCCCUGUACCAGAGCUUCUACGAGGAGCGAGCUCGGUACCUCGAAGCGGUAAUUCAGAACCACCGGGAAGUCAUGACGUUCGAGGACUUCACAGCCCAGGUCUUCUCCCCGUCCCCCGGCUACUCCCUCGGCGGAACCGAGUCAAACCCAGACGAGCCAGCCAGCUUAAACUAAGAAACGGAGGUGAAGUCUGCUCUUCCAAGCAACAAGCCAGCUGGAAAAAUUGACCCUGAGCGGCUUAAGCUCCCACAGUGCACUUGGGACCCAAUCAGACCGUCCAGGCCGCGAUGUCGUCAGAGCAGGGCCUCAGCCCCCGCUCACAUGCAUGUGCACAGUCGGAGGAAUUAGGGGCUCCUUUGUGUCCUCGGAACAGGGCUUCGCCGCCAAGCACAGGGAGAGGAACCUGAACACUGUAUUCGAACCAUACUGUUUUUUGCAGCAGGCAGCCCCGUUUCUGGAAGGAAGGCCUCUAAUGUCAGCCUUUAAGUCCUAGGUGUAGGGAAGAGCUGUGCUACGUGGGGGUGCUUGUGCCCGAAGACGCACGUGGGAAAUGCGGGCUCCCCGCCCCCGCACUGCUGCCUGCCAGCGGCGGCCCGCGGAGGGGCACCUGGGCAAGGCAGUGUGCCCCUCCCCACGUCGCACUGUUGACCACGGAUGAGGAUGUAGCGUCUUUUGUUGUUAGGCCAAUAGGUAGGUCUCAGCUUUUAAAAAAGAGGUUUAAAAAGCUAUUUUCCCAAUCAGAAAAAAUGUUAUGUUGACGCCACCCCACCCGACCUGUCACUCCUAUUGAUAACACCUAGGGCGUAAAAGGCAUUCAAGCUGCUUUCCUACCCAGCUCUGAGUGGGCUGCUUUGAUUCCUUCCUUACUGACCAGCAGUUUCUAAAAGGUGACCAGUGUUUAAAACAAUGGCUGCAGUUAACACACACACACGUAUGUGUGUGUGUACAUGUGUUUUAUGCAUGUAUUUAUAGAUGCAUUUAACACAUCCUGGGGUGGGGGACUACUUACUACGUCUGUUUUCAAGCGUGUUUCCAGGGCCGGGCCCGGCGGAGAGGCCUCUAAAGGGUUAAGCGGAGCGGCUGGGACUGAUGUAAUCAGUGCCGCUCACAGCCAAGUGCAUCUGCUCACCAUGAGGUCAGUCUUCUGCAUGCUAAUGACUUGGAAAAUCAAGUCUAAUGUUUGACAUUAUCGGAAAGGAUAUAAAUAGUAUAAAUCUUUACUUUUUGGAAGGUGCUCUUAUAAAACAAAAGGAGAAAAAAAAAGAAACUUCAGUUUGGACUUGAGUUUGGUUUUUUUCCCCCAGAACGGCUUUAAAGAUUAUGUCUGGACCUUAAAGUCUCGGAGGAAUCCACUGUGUCUGUUGGUAAAUGAACCCCAAGUCGCUGUUACAGUCACAGCUCGCAGUUCGGUGGAGGAGGACCGCCGGCAUGUGCACUGUGAUGCCUGCUAUUGAGAAUUUUCAAGUCCCUUGCUCAGAAGUUGACAAAGAUGGGUUUUCCUCAAAGAACACCUAAAUGAGAGGUUCUUCUCCGGAAACGGACUGACUGCAUUUGCUGAAGAUGCCAGCGCUGUGUACGGCCCUGUUCUGCGUUCACGUUGCUGUCAGGAGCCAGCAGAGGGAGCACAGAUCUUUGUUUAUCUGUUAGCCCCUCACAAACACAUUUGGUUUCUCCGAGAUGCGGUCAGGAGCACUGCCUCCCUCAUGAUCGAGGAGAUGGUGAAGGCUCAGGGACUGAGAGCCAGUGGGAGGAACUUCCCCACCAGGCUCCAGCAGAUUCUGCCACUUUUAAUGUAGGUCAUAUUUGGAGCUUAAACCGGAUUAGUCUGAGUCGGUCUCAGGGUGCUGCAGCCCCUGCCGCCUGCACGGAACUGCCGUCCCCCAUCCACACGCGCAGGGUGGCCCGGGGUCCGCUCCCCUGUCCGCACGCGCAGGGUGGCCCGGGGUCCGCUCCCCCAUCUGCGUGUACAGUGUGGCCCAGGGUCCGCUCCCCCGUCUGCACGAUCAGAGUGGCACGGAGUCCGCUUCCAAGGGUUGAUGGUGCUCACCUGCCUCAUAGAAGACCUGUAGUUUUUUCCUACAAGAAAAUCGUUAAGUUCACGGAAGCUAUCAGAAGACCCUGCCCAGUGUCACCGGGUCGUGCUGGUGGCCGACGAAGUCCCCUCGUGGGACGGCAGGCAUGCUGCACGUUGGUCCCAGAGUGAACCCGGCGUGUGGACGUUACACCGGGUGCUUUUAGGACCCAGCAGCCUUCAUCUGGAGGUGCGAGCUCACCCAGCUCUCACUGGCCAGGCCCCCGACCCGUCCUCGGGGCGCCUUUGCCAGGGUGCCUCGGGCUAGUCACCGUGCAGUGACCCUGAGACCAUUCGCUGGGCAGUUAGCCAUCAGGUCAACCCCCAGAAACAGCACAAGGUGGAUCUAACUGUAACCUGCAGAAGAGGAAAGGUUUUCCCCGUUCACUGAGGGUGGGCCCCUUACAGAUUCAUUCCGUAUCUGCCCCUCUCCUUUCCGCCCCUCCCUCCCAGUUAAAAUGGUCCGAAUAAAGUUUGAUCAGUAGCACGUCCUCUGUAUUCACCUUCCUCGUAAAGUUGCUGAAAUCAGCAAAGGGCACUGUGGAACGUGGUGCUGGAAGGGACUUCAGGGGACACCAUGUCUCGCCCCUCCCAUCAUUCCGAUGAGCCGAGGACCAGCCGUGCAGGAUGACUCAGAGCCGACAGCCUCGCCCCCCCCCCCACCCGCUUCUGCCCCUCACAGUGGAGUCAGUGCACGUGUUAGCGACGUCCGCCACGGCUCACAUGGGCACCCCUCCCCGGGCCCGCUGUCACCAGACCUUGGGUACCAGAGCUCCUCACCGGCCAGUUAGGAGGGAGUGUUUCCAUCCAGACAAGCCAUGCAGCGCUUGGGAGGAGAGGAGCAAACAGUGUCCCAGGAAGUCCUCAAACAGCGCGCGCUCGGGGAGGCUCUUGCGUCCUCGUCGUGGUUCUUCAGAAAGUCUUCAUGAGGUAAGAGUGCAGUUUGGAAAGAUGCCACGUGACCGGAAACCGCAGGCACUUAGGUCACCAGAACCUGCUGUGUGACGUCAUGGGUUCCUGUCAUUCCUGUCAGGGUGGCCAUGUGUGUCCGCUGGCCAGCAGACACGUGUGACAGUGACAGUCUGUGGGUCACCUCGUAGUUGUAGCUGCAAAGUCCUUCCAGCCAGCCACCCCCAACAGGUAGGGGACCGGAAGCCCAGAACACGCAUUGGCUUCGCUGAGUCCACAGACGCACGUGGGGCGCUCCCACGGGGCAGGCAGGUGGGCUGUGGGGCCCCAGCGGCCGUCCCGAGGCUUCAAGAAGCUUCUGAUGUCCUGGGGGAUCCGGGAGCACCGGCAGGAUCCACCGGAGCCCUGCGUUCACAUCCGCUGCCCAGGCUGUCCACCAGCCGGGUUCCCGGGGUUUGCACACUUCCCUCCAGGCGGGCCUCCUCCUCCCCCUGCUCCUCUCCACGGCCUCUCCAGCCCCACUGUCCUCCUGGGCUCCCGAGUUCAAUGCUGGCCAAACCCUCCCCCUGGAGCCGGCCUCCCCGGCUGCAGGGAGGACGUGUUGUCUCAGAGAGCAGGGCUCUGUUGUCGCCUGGGUCCAGCCUGUGGUCACUCUGCAGCCCGGCGUCCGAUUCUGGAAAGUGGGUCGUGAGAGUGGUGCCUCCAAGUGGCCCCCAGAGGCCCCGUAAGGACUCAACAAGUUACUGUGUGUCUGAGAAGGGGGCCCAGCAGGUGUCCCCUGGGCUGUCACCUCGCCACCCUGCCUGUUGGGCUUUCCUCACUGUCCUGUGCACACAGCCGCCGUCCUCCUGCUCCAUGUGGACCCUGCGCCUCCCGACUUCUGCUGUCUCCCUGGAGCCCGGCUCUGCCUGCAUCAGCCUGUCUCAUGGGGUGGGGGGUGGGGGGUGCAAACAGGACCACAGUGGCUGGAGGUGCUGGGUUUUUUAACCCAUAAUCCUAUUGCCCAAACCCAGUGGUUCUGGCUCACCUGUGCACCGGGUCACCCACGAAGCCGGUCCAGCCCUAUGCUGCGUCCUUCCACCAGAGGUGAAGACGUUUGGGUCUGGGUGUGGCCUGGGCGUGGGGACUCCCUGUUCAGAACUAAGCAGGGCUGAGAACCGGUGUCCUGCAUGAAGGCGCCUCUGCUGCGUCCUGGUCUCGGUGCCUCUGACUUGUCAUCACUUACAUCUUGAUUCUUCUCAGCGUGUGGAAGGCUCUGUGUAUGUGUAAGCAAUCCUUCUCUCUCUGAUGCGCCAUCAUUUCUUUAGAGAAUGAGGCAUCAAUUUCUUAUAACAUCUGCGCCAGGAGGACAACAGGAAUGCGGGCCAGCCAGAGCCAGGCUGCUGCUCUCAGGGAUACGGGCAUGUCUCCAGCCCACAGAUGUGUGUCCAGCCUGAUGCAGGAGGCAGAACAAACACCUGGGUCUUAUCUCCCCUCCCUCCCCGGCUCCGAGCCUGGUCCAUCCACAGAGUAGGUGACAGUUUGCAUAACUGAAACUUGAUUAGGAUGCUUUCAUAAAUGGUAUCGAGGGCUUUAAAGAGAAUUCUCGAUUGCACAGUUGGGCACCACACCUGGCCUCAUGUUUUCCUCCAUAGCUCUGGUGCUUUCCCCAGUGUCAGGGAAGAGAUGAGACAAACGUGUGUCCCACUUGAUCAUAUAGAAAAUGACGGUGCACCUGUCAGAUGCCGCCCCGUCUGCACUGCCUGCACCUCCCCUGGGUGGGACUGGGCUGGCAUUGAGGGGGAAACGGGCGGCUCUGGAGACCUGUGCUCCAUCUCUCCCCUCCCCUUCUGGAGCCUGACAUCUUUUUAGGGAAAAGCAGAUACUCAUGAAUCACCACAAUGGGCUUAUUAUUAAGCCCAGAUAAGUUAGUGCCACACCACAACUGCAUGUCAAAAAGGUGCAUCAGGGAAAAAAGACAGUCACCAGGGUUUGGGUCCAUUGGGUCGAGAUUUUCCUGAGCCGGGCUGUGCCGUCUACCUCGUGAGCCUGGAAGGAAUGAAGACUUUCCUGACGUGUUGGAUGUUCCUCUGAGCAUCCUGCUAGUCAGUCUGGCUGAGAGCUGGCAGGCCCAUGGACAGGGAGGAGAAGAUGCAGAGAGGAAGAAACCACCCCUUCAGAGCCAGCGUGGGGACCCUCUGCCCGGGGCAGGAGCGGAGGCUGCUCCCAGGUUCCCGGGAAAAGGCAGGACCCGAGGCUGUUCGUUCCGAAGUGUCGACAUGACAUUUAAUUUGCUCCUCGGGAGAACGCGAAGCUGCUAUGUCUCCUGUGAAGGCCGCGUUCGGUUAGCCCUGCUGUCUUAGUCUUGCAGGGAUUUUAGCGUGAGUGGCAUCUUCUUCCUGCCUCGCUGUUAAUUACGGCCCCGGGGACACUCCAGCUGUUGCCAGGAGAUGGCCGGCAGGUACCAGCAAUUUUUCUCACAAGAUGGUUUUUGGAAAUGAUUCCAAACGCUUAUUUGAAAUGACCUUGAGAAUGUGCUUCAGGAGAGUCCGGGGGUUCUGACACCCCAGGUUUAUGCUCCUUGUGAGGCGUGGCUGGACCCCCAUGUCCUGGUUCCAGCAGGUGGAAUGGAUUCCCUCAGCCAUCAGGGUGGGUUCCUGGAAGUCUCGAUGAUUUCGCUUGAAUUUCUGCUUAGCAACAACCAGAGCAAAGGCCAACUGGAACUCUCUUAGCAGCAGUUAAGUCUGCAGACAGAAAAGAGAAAGAAUAUUGUAUACUCUCCCUUUCCAGAAGGAUACGUGGUGAUAACCAGGAAAUGAACCUCUACAUGGCAUGGUAAAGAGAAAAGCCGGUUCCUCCUUUGCCGUUAGCCUCUGAAGUCCCUCAAAAGGCUGAAAAGAAGUCCCUUAAAAAUGGGAAACAUGCCAGUCAACUUCAUAAAAAAAAUUUAAAAGAUUACGUAAAGCGUACAGCGCUGACGUGGCCAGAACUCAUUUCCCAGCACGUAGGAAGCCUCGCAGCUGCACUGCAGGGCGUUGAGAAAGAAUCAGCAGCAUCUUUAGACCACUUGAAGGACAUGCAUCCCAGGUGCACAGAGGACACGCUCCACCCACCUGCGCCCGCACCGGUGGCCCUGCCUCCCGGCACGCUCAGCUGCCACCCAGCAUCUCUUCUGAGCAGGCUCAGCCGAUCCGAGAGAUCUCUGGGGCUGAGGGAAGCCGCUGUGGCCGUCCAGGACUCACUGGCAAGGCUGCGCCCCGCAGCCCGCAUCUCAGGCAAAACCAGGAAGCCAAGGGGGCCGGGCGUUGCUGCUGGAGAAUGCUUGGGCAGACCCCGCGGCUGGAGCAUCCCCGAGCCUGCCUGGUAGGUAGGGGAACCCUGCUCCCUGGCUGCGUCCCUCAGGCAGGAGCAGCAGCUCAAGAAGCAGCCUGGCUCUGGGUGUCAUCCGAGCCCCCUGUGACAUCAGGCGUGCAGCUCUGCGGCUAGGCGCCCCUGCCCUGGGCGACCGGGGAGCAUAGGGGGUGAGAGCCUCAGAGGAAAGGCGGCCGCCUGCAAGGAGACGUCUCAGGCCGCUGGCUCUGGUUCUGCUCUUUAUCCCGUUACCCAAGGCUGCUGACAUGCUGGGAGCCAUACUUAGACACGAAAUCUCUGGUCCAGCUUGGUCCAGGGGCUCGCACACCUUGGAUGCAGCCAAGCUGGAUGGGAGCUGCAGCUCCCUCAGACCAUCACACUGACCCCGCCCCCCCGAGCGUCGGUGCCUGCACACAUUCAUGCCAGAGAGACUUGGGACAGUGAGGAGCGCUGCUGAGACCAAUACGGGGGUGGGACUGGCCUCCCUGAGAAGGUGGCCCCUGAGGAAACUGAAGGAGGAGCGAGCCACUGGGAAUCUGGAGGGGGUGGGGAGCGUUUGUUCUGGGCAGAGGGAACAGCAGGAACAAAGGCCCUGAGGCAGGAGCUUUGCUGGUGCACUCAGGGAGCAGCGAGUGGUGGUUGUUCAUGGGAAGAGGGGGGAAGGUGCUGAGGAGGGGUCCACGGGCAGCUCCCCGAGGGUGUUACUCAGGGGGUGACCCAAUACAGUUCUUGUCUGGAGAGAUGGCACUGGCUUCUGCGAGGAGGCUGUUCCUCGGGGGAGGGGGCAAGCUCAGUGACCUCUCACCCACCAUGUUCGCCUGACACCCAGCUCGCAGCAGGCAGUGAUGUGCGUCUGACUGGGGAAGGAGAUGUGGUGAUGGGGCCCCUGGAGAGGUACUCAGAACCACGGAACUAAGCCCUACUCAGGCCGCACAGGUGACUCAGUGACACCCUCCUUGAGGGGUCAGUCUGCCUGGCAGGGGGAGAAGAGGGCGCAGGUGGAAUUCUGACCUGCAGGCAUGUAUCCCACCCACCUGAGAGCCCCCAGACUCACACCAGCAUUGGGUGACCGUGAACCCCUGAGCCAGAGUGAAGUAUCUGGUGGGCACCUCUCUCUUGUACGUGGCACAGCCUCUCUCUUGUACGUGGCACAGCUUUGAAGAGACUGAAGAUGGCUCCCAGUUACCAGAGGAGCUGGGCCCGGAGGCGGGCGUCCCCGGCCCGCCGCGCUGUCGGACUCGGCCUUUCGAGCAGCAGGGAGCAGGUACGGCUCCUCACACGGCGUGGAGGGCUGCCGUGUGCUGUGUGCGCGGCAGCCUCUGCCCUCGCAGAGCAAGACGAGCCCUUCGGUAGUUUUGAAACUGAGAAAUGUUGGUUUUGUCCCCCGUCAGAUCAAGUCCAGUUUCUCCAAACAAGGCUCGUUGCCCCCCACCCUGAAAGGACCCUGCUGUGGGGAACACACUGGAUGAAGCGAAUGACAGGGUGCAGGGCCAGGGAGCCCUGCUUUUGUGGCAAAGGCAAAAUGUCCCUCCCCAAGGCAGAAAGAACUGUCUUAAAGGAUUUUAAAGGAUAUUUUAUGGGACUGAUGGCCUGUGAAGCGUGUACCACGGACGCAUCCCCACUUUGGCACGGGUCACUGAGAAGCCUAAGUGAAAGCUACCGAAGUACUUCCUACUGCAGGACGCGGAUGGUGCCCCCGGGGAGACGUCUAAGCCGUGGGCUCGAGGGGCUUCCUUCACGUCCAGAAACCACAAAACAGCUUUUAUCAGCGAGACCCAGCCAGCCCGUUGUGUCCUUACUGCUUCCUCAGAGCCUCAGACCAGCACCGGAGCUCAGUGUCCCCACAGUCAACACAGACGUGAGUGCGGCAUCUCCUGGAGCCGUCAGUUAUCAGGGAACUUAAAACCCAGUCCUGAGGGGCACACAGAAUCCCAUUGGAGCCCCGCUCACCACCCGCGGCCACGCCUGAGCUAUUAGAAAGCAGAUAAACGGAAGUUGGAAUAAAACUGAGAGACAAGCUUGAAGGGAGACCAGUGUGUCACCCGAGGGGCAGCACCGUUUCCUUGGCCUGAGGGUGGUGAGAAGUGGGUGCCAUGGCCGGGAGCCGAGGUGCUGGGCGCGUGCGAAACCUCGCCUCCCCGGGGCCCGCAGAGGGGUUUAUUUCCCCUCGAACUUGGAGCCACCUCUGUCGUGUCACUCUUGGAAAGGUGGAGGCAGUAAGGCUGCCCAGACCACCUUCUAUUCUUUUUUGCCAUUUUUAAAAACAUUAUUAAAAUAUAAUUCGUA